AUGCUGAGCAACAAAGCUACGUUAAAGAUCAUGUUUUCUUGCAGAUGUAAUUGCGUUCAUUCCUCCGUUAUUUUGUGGUUGUGGUUGAUAUGUUCACUCCAGGUUUGUGCUGCUUGGGCUCCCGAUAAAACUCCACAAAAAUUUCAACAAAUCAUCGAAGCCAGGUGCGAAGAAUACCAACAAGUUGUCAAGCCGGGUUACUUCGCCAAAAAACCACUUAACUGUACACUUUUAUGGAAGCACUUCAGUGGAUCAUUUGCAUUCAAAGGACCUUGUGAUGUGGCACCAGAAGCCUACCAGCCUUUCAUUGAAUACGCCGACCACGAUGUCGACACUAAAGAUAAGACAGUAUAUUGGAGCGGUAUGACAGAGUUUGUGAUAGAAUACACCUCCUAUAAAAAACUGACAACAAUAAGAGAUCUGCUGGCAGUUUACUUAAUAAAGACAUCUGAAGUUUGGUGUGGUCAAGUAGAAUCACCCGGUAUCAACUACACUAGCUGCCCAUCGUACAUCGAUCGAUCAUGUAACAAUUCAGCUGUUAGAAUAUUCAGUGAAUACGAGCUGCCUAAUCUAAACCACGAAGUCACUCCCAUCAUUGAAGUGCACCUCGUCCGCAAUUUAAACUCACAAUUCUACGAAACAUGCGAUAAAGGUUCAAUGAUAUUACUGAAGGAAGACAUUGCCAAAAGAAAGAUUCAGAUGACGUGUGAUAUUGAUAACAAAGAAAUUUACUUCUUCCAAUGUGCAAGAUCAGGGGACUGCAAAUCUUUGGUGUAUACCUGUUGUCUAGUAAAGCGUGCAAUUCAUACGUCCAUAUCCGUUUCCGGUCGAAUAUCAGUUUUUACUAUCCGGCUAUAUCCGACUCCGACCGAAUAUCCAAAAAUACAAUCCGGUGCAACUCUAAUUGCCAUGCGAACUAAGUGGACAUGGGUUAACCGCUAA